AUGCAUGGCAAGAUAGACGUGGCAUAUCACGAUAACCGCUUAACUUUUCGCGAGGCUACCGUGUGGUAUGGUAGCCCCAUUUACCUCUCCCUCUCUUUAGUCCUUCCGCCAAAUCUUGAGCAUUCAAGGCGCUUGGAACAUAUCUCUCCCCAUGCCGACUUUCCCCAAUGUCCAUCAAAUAUGUACCAACUGGAAUACAAAGGAGAGAGUUUCGAUCGAGUUGAACGAGAUCCACCAGGAACUGCUUCGACGAGCAUCCGGGAACGACAGACAUCGUGGUCACGAAUACGUAUGUACCGCAUAACACGCACGAUAGAGGUAGACGACGGGACUGAGCGCCUGAAGUCGUGCAUACCAGAUUUUGGUAUUAUCCGUCAAGUUGGAAGACGAACGAUAGAGAUUAAUGGUGAAGAAGUCGAGCUCCAGCCAUAUAGCAGGCUCGUGGCUAUAGGCGAAAUCAAAUGUUCUCCUGUUGACCCAUCCAGGCAGAGUGUCUACAAUGCACUUAGAGAAGCGCGCUCGGACCUCGUGAAGCAAAUCAGGAUAUUCUUCAAGGCCCAUCCCACGUUCAAGACCGUGAUAGGCAUUAUGGCAGCUGGGGACUGGUGGACAUUUCAGAAAUUCUUCAGGGAAGACUUCGUAAACAUUCCAGACAGUGACAGUGAAGACGACCGCGAAUUCGAACCGGCUGCUAGUCUACCAUCCACCGAUUCAUCUACUGCAGGCGUCUCAGAUAGAGACGAGUUGGAUAUCAUUAGUCGAGAUGGCAAUAGGGGUGCAGAUGACGACGAUAAUAACGAUGAUAACGUGUUUGAACGUCCGAUAUUCAAAUUACAGACUUUAGAGAGCAACUUUGCCAUUGCUGUCUUGAUUGAUAUGAUCAGGAAGCUGGAGGGUUGCGAAAUGUUCGGGGGUGUCCCUCUCUAA